AUGGCUGCCAAGAAACUAAGAAGAACACAGCUGUCUCAGGAAAUGUGUGAAAGGCUGAGUCGCUAUCAGAUCACUACCUGUCAGGACUUCUUAUGUCUUUCCCUCCUGGAGCUAAUGAAAGUGACAGGACAGAGCUACUAUGAGGUGCAGAAGCUUCUUUGUAAAGUCAGCCGAGCUUGUGCUCCCAGAAUGCAGACAGCAUAUGAAAUGAAAUUAAGAAAGUCUGUCAACCCUUCUUCAGCCUUUUUAUCUACCACGCUUCAUAGUUUGGAUAGAGUCCUGCAUGGUGGCGUGCCUUGUGGAUCACUCACAGAGAUAACUAGCCCACCAGGUUGUGGCAAAACUCAAUUUUGUAUUAUGUUGAGUCUCCUGGCUACACUGCCUGUAAGCAUGGGAGGACUGGAUGGGGCUGUUAUAUACAUCGACACGGAGUCUGCAUUCAGUGCUGAAAGGUUGAUUGAGAUAGCAGCAAACAGAUUCCCUACUUAUUUUGACUCAGAUGAAAAGCUGCUCUGCAUGACCCAUAGCAUCCACCUGUACCGUGAGCUGACCUGUUGCAGUGUACUGAAGAGGAUUAUGUCUUUGGAAGAAGAAAUUAUUUCAAAGAAAGUUAAACUUAUAGUAGUUGACUCUGUUGCUUCAGUUGUUAGAAAGGAGUUUGAUACAAAACUCCAGGGCAAUCUGGCAGAGAGAAGUAAUUUUUUGACUAGAGGAGCAUCAGUGUUGAAGUACUUGGCAGAGGAGUUCUCAAUACCAAUUAUCUUGACGAAUCAGAUUACCACAUCACUGAGCAGCAGCCCUGGGAUCCGGGCAGACCUGGUGUCUCCAGCUGAUGAUUUGUCCCUGUCUGAAGGAUCCUCUGUGAGUGGAAAGAGGGAUUCUGGUUGUGUGACAGCAGCCCUUGGCAACACGUGGAGUCACAGUGUCAACACCAGGCUCAUCCUACAGUACUAUGACUUUCCAACAAGACAGCUCCUGGUUGCUAAAUCCCCUAUUGCUCCAUUCUCCACUUUUUUCUACACCAUUGAGAAAUCGGGCUUGAUUCUUCAGGACCGAAAGGAUCCAACAAAUUUAGUUUGGGAAGGAACCAAUCCUGCCCUGCAGCCCAUACGAGUGAGGAACACUGCCUUGAAGGAUACUUUACAUGAUGCUGCUUUACCCAGCACUACUGGUGAGACUUCAAGAAAUGCAUCAAAUCUAUAG